AUGCAGCAGUACCCUCCUGCCAUGACCACGUUUCCGAAAGCUUUCUUGGCCGCUGUUGUCAAGCAGCUGCUCCGGGGCAAGUCUCUGAUACAAGCCCUCCUGGCCUUCUGGAUCACCCCUUAUUCCGGUUCCGGGAAACAGGCGAGGCCGACCGUCGAGUGUCCCAAGUCCGCGACGACGACGACAUCAUCAUCACGGGACGUCGAGGAGUUCUUGAAGGAGGCCGAAGACCUGCUCCUGGGCCCUCUGCUCGACAAUGGCCUACUCGCCCUUUCCAACGCCCUGAAGGCUCAAUUCAGGGACAAGCUGCAGACGAGUAUGGCCUGCAUGCUGCCCUCGUACAACCAUCAGCUCCCCGACGGGUACGAAGCCGGUCAGUAUCUGGCGGUGGACGUUGGAGGAUCGACACUCCGUGUCGCAUUGGUGGAACUGCGGGGCCGGGACGCCAAGGGAAGUGAGGGAGAGGUUGUGCGGAUGAGUUCGCUCAAGAUUGAUAGCGACAUCAGAAAUCUGGAGGGCAUGGCUUUUUUCGACUGGAUGGCCGAGAGGAUAUGGGAGAUGGUCUCACAAGACGGACAUGACCCUUCACAGCCCAUGCCCAUGGCGCUGGCUUGGAGCUUUCCCAUAGAACAAACAUCAUUGAAAGGCGGCCGUAUCCACAGUAUGGGAAAGGGCUUUCUCGCCGCCGAAGGCCUCAUGGGCAAAGACCUCGGCGAGGUCAUCGAGUCAGCCUGCUCGGCGAGGGGCAUGAACGCGCAGCUGCGUGUGAUCCUCAACGACGGCGGCGCCACGCUGCUCUCGCAGGCCUACGUUCACCCGGCCACGCGAUUCGGCCUCAUCCUCGGCACCGGCGUCAACAUUGCCGCAUACCUCCCUGUGUCUCUCAUCGGGAGGCCCAAGUUCGGCGACCGCCCGCGGGAGUGGUGGGAUGAGGCGCGCGACGUGAUCGUUAACACGGAGCUCGGCAUGUUCGGGCAGGACGUGCUGAGCGUGACGCGCUGGGACAGGUUGCUGAAGCAGGGGCACCCGAGGCCUGAAUUGCAGCCUCUGGAGAUGAUGGUGAGCGGUUACUAUCUCGGAGAGGUGGUGAGGUUUGCUUUGAUCGAGGCAAUCGAGACGACGGGGCUCUUCGGGGGCGUUGUGCCCAAGUCGCUCGAGGAGCCGUACUCUCUGAAAUCGGAAACGAUAUCUGCCGUCGAAGGAGAUGCGUCGCCGAUGCUUACAUCCUCCAUAGACCUAUUCGUCUCACUCUAUCCCUCCUCUCACACACCAACCUCGUCCGAUAUGUCAGCACUGCGUAGUCUGGCAUCCUUCGUCUCGAGAAGGUCGGCCGCCAUCAUCGCCGCUUGCCUACACGCAGUCUGGUCCUUGCGCCUCGAGGCGCUGAGCGAAGAGCCAGAGGAAGAGGCCUCUGACAGACUAGCGGAGGAGUCGAGUCUGGUCCGGACCAUGGUUGCGUACAACGGCAGCGUUAUCGAGUGCUAUCCGGGAUACCUGGCCAUGUGUCAGGACUACGUAGACGCUCUGAUCAACCGGGAAGACAGGAGCAUCGACCUCGUGCUGGCGAAGGAGAGCUCAUUACUAGGGGCUGGCGUUGCGCUGGCGAUGGCGUGCGAUGCAUCCGAGUAA